AUGGCACAAAACCCUCAAGAACCUCAUCGAAGUCGCUGGGAUCGUGAACCAGCAGAUGUCGCAAAUAUGCCACCUGCCUACACACAAGAGAACGAAACCAAACCUCCUUUUCAACCUCAACCUCUACCUCGACCAACUUAUGCAAUGAACGAUGGAAGGGGAGGACAGAGAGAAGUAGUAUAUGUACAGCAACAACAGGUUGAAAGGAAACAUAAUAAGGAUGAUAUCGCUUUGGGAUGUUGCGCAGGGUGUGCAGCAGGUUGCUGUUGUUGUGGUUGUAGCGUCAUGUGA